GUGGGAAGAAUUGCAUGAACCGGAAGUGAGGGAUUCCGUUCUUUGAUUGUGCCCCGCGUGUUCUUUUUACCCAUAUUUGCUGCCUUAUUUCUGACCCGGUCAGUGUGUUAGCAAUGGCUCCUCGGACAAGGAAGAGGAAGCUAGAGAAAGCCCAGAACGAGAGAGAAGAGGAGAAAGGGGCGGCAAAGAAAACACAGACUGAGAAUGGUAGCGUGGCUGAAACAGGAGACCGACUGGUGAUAGAACAUUGUACCAGCUGACGUGUGUAUGGCCGCUCGGCAAUUGCACUGCAGGAAGCCUUGCAUGUUCAUUUUCCAGAGCUGCGAAUGGAGUCAAAUAUUGUAAAACCUAGAAGGGGAAGUUUUGAAGUGACAUUGGAGCGUGAAGAUGGAAAACGAUUGGAGAUAUGGACAGGACUUAAGAAAGGUCCCCCACGAAAACUCAAGUUUCCUGAACCAGAUGUUAUUUUGUCUAAUCUGAGAGACAUUCUUCAGCAAUAAGUACAAGUUUCUCCAGUUGCUGGCGCUAAUGAAGAGACGUAAUGAAUGGGUUGACUGCCAGUUACCUCUCUGAUACACAGCCGGGAAAUGGGGCAUUCAUGGUGCAAACAGCUGAUAAAUGGACAGUGGUUGUUUUUUGUUUUUAUUAAUAAAAUUUAUGCUUGUUAAGGAUAA